UAUCUCUCUCUCUCCUCUUCUCACUCUCUCUCUCUCUCUCUCUCUCUCUCACACAUUGACACACACACAAAAAUGUCUGCAACUUCUUCAUCACUCUCCACAAUUCUCCCAACUCGAAACCCCAACCCCAAAAUCCGAUUCUCCGUUCCUCUUUCCUCCCCGAUUUUUUCCCCCAAAAGCGAGCAGAAAUGGAGCAGCACUCAGCUAACAGCUCUUUCGAGAAGAGAUUUUUUGAACGGAUCAGCAGUUUUGCUGCCAUUAAUCAACAUUUCGAAUCCUCCAUCUUCACUAGCUAAAGAAGUUGAGGUCGGAUCUUAUCUCCCCGCUUCGUCUACCGACCCCUCUUUUGUCCUCUUCACCGCCACUUCUAAAGACACCCCUGCUCUGCGCGCAGGAAAUGUACAGCCCUAUAAGUUCAUGCUGCCACCGACAUGGAAACAGAUGCGUAUAGCCAACAUACUAUCCGGAAACUAUUGCCAACCAAAGUGUGCAGAGCCAUGGAUAGAGGUCAAAUUUGAAGACGAAAAACAGGGGAAAAUUCAAGUUGUGGCUGCCCCUUUGAUACGAUUGACAAACAAACCUAAUGCAAGAAUCGAAGAUAUCGGUAGCCCAGAGAAACUCAUUGCUUCUCUCGGUCCAUUUGUCACUGGAAAUACACUCGACCCUGAUGAACUUCUUGAAACUUCUAUUGAAAAACUUGGCGAUCAAACGUAUUACAAAUACGUGUUGGAGACGCCAUUUGCUCUGACGGGAACACACAAUAUUGCAAAGGCAACAGCAAAAGGCAGCACGGUAAUCCUCUUUGUCGCCAGUGCCAACGAUAAGCAGUGGCAAUCGUCGCAGAAAACUUUGCAGGCAAUACUUGAUUCCUUUCAAGUCUAGUAAAAUCAUUUUCAAGAAAACAGAAUUCAAACCUAAACACACACCUUUUGCUUUUGGUCAUAUAUUUUUUUUAAUAAUAUGGAUUAAAAUUCACUGAACCCAGAAUGUGUGUUCAUUUUGUAUGUCAAUAUUCCAAUUACUGAUUGCCAAGAUAAUUAUUACGAUGAAUGAGUGAAUUUAUUUGAAUG